CGAGAUAACCGAUUCCAGAACCACGACGUCUCAACAAGAUGACCAGCGAGUACCAAAGUGGCGCCCCAUGGACAGACAAGCACACGGUCGCUCUGACACGAGCAAUCGUCUCCCUUGUCCUGGCCAACCGCACCACUCUAUAUACCGAUCCUGAGCUCCUCGAAGUGGCCAACAAUCACGGUGACCGAAUCCGAAAGAAGACACAUCAGAUCCUUCACAAGCUGGUCGAUCGCGUUCCUGGCGCUGAGCAGAUCAUGGCGGAUGAACUUACCAAGACGGCAAGCGUUCGAUCACUCAGAAAGAAGGCAGGCCAAGGGAAUGAUUGUGGAGUGGCGAACCCGGGCCUCAGGAUCAAGAAGGAGCUGGAUACCCAACCUAUAACCAAGAAGCGCAAAAUGGUCGAUGACGAGAUUGCGGAAUGGCUAGACUUGCCGGAGGACGAUGAAGAGUUGGCUGACGACACCUUUAUCAAGCUGUCGUGAUGCAUAGGGGCGGUUGACGGGUGCUGUAAGUCACUGUCGUUGGAUAUCCAUGCUCAUCUCGACAGC